UUGAAAAUAUUGAACAUGGAUUUUAAAGAAAAAAUCGUCGUUAUUACUGGUGGAACUUGUGGGAUUGGUUUGUCUAUUGUUAAAAAAUUAUUAACAACAGAGAUAAAGGUCAUCGCUUUAUUCGAAUUGGUAACUCCAAAUUCAGCAAAGGUUUUCUUCGAGUUAGAAGAGAUACACGGCAAUAGGGUGGAGUUUUAUUCUUGCGAUGUUACAAACACCUUGAAGUUGAAAGGCAAUUUCGACAAGGUUCACGAAAAAUACAAGACUAUUGAUAUUCUGAUAAAUAACGCGGGUAUUAUCAACGAAAAUGCUCUAGAACGUAUGAUUGAUAUUAAUUACAAAGCAGUGGUGUUAAGCAGUCUAAUGAUGAUCGAACGGGUGGGAAAGCACAAAGGUGGAAAAGGCGGUGUGAUCAUUAAUCUCGCCUCGAUUCUAGGAUUAGCGGACCUUUUUCUGCCCAUUUAUUGCUCUACCAAGCACGCCGUCGUUAGCUUUACGCGAACGAUGAAACAACAUUACGAUAAGACCGGUGUUCGGGUUAUUGCAAUUUGUCCUGGAGCAACAAACACAGGAAUGCUUAACGACAUUCCUAAAGGAUUGGAUUUUAUCGAUACUAGUGGAGCACUUCAAUUGUUUCCUUCGUCUCAAUCGCCUGAAAACGUUGCCAAUGGUCUCGUUGACGUCGUCUUCGACCAAGGACGAAGCGGCGAUGUCUGGGUUAUCGAGGAAGAUCAACCACCGUACAUCAUGAACAUUGUCGAUCAUUGGAAACGUAUAAUCAAGCGAUUAGCCUGCGUCUCCCCCCCCCCCCCAGAUUUCUCUGUCCCUGGCAGUCCUGGUGGACCGAGACAUGGAAAAUGGAAAUUCCAUCAAUUCCGACUGGUGACUGGUCUAUCUGUCCAAUUUAGUGGAAGGCAGCGCGACCGAGCGAGCGAACGAGCGAACGAGACGAGACGUCUGUUUGGAUCGAGUGAGUUUAGUCGUUGGCGUGCUCUCGUGCCAGUAGCAGCUCUCUUUCUCCGUCGCGCAGCCAUGGAAGUGAAGGACAAGGUCGUGAUCGUGACCGGCGGAACCGGUGGCAUCGGUUUCGCCGCCGUCCAAGCUCUGCUCAGGCACGAGGCUAAGUACGUGGCGAUCUUCGAUCUGGACUCGAUGCACACCAGAGCCGCGGCCUGCGUGAAGAAGAUCGAGCAGGAGUUCGGCACGUUCAAGGCCGACUUUUACACCUGCGACGUGACCAUCACCAGCGAGUUCGCGGCGCGUUACGACGAGAUCGUCGGUAUGCAGGGAUCGGUCGACAUCCUGGUCAAUUACGCCAACAUCGUAGACGAGAGGCGAGCGCACCACAUGAUCGACACCAACUUGACCGGAACGAUCAAUUGCACACUUAUCGGUAUCGAUCGCAUGGGGCGUCAUCAUAAUGGCAAAGGCGGUGCCAUCGUCAACGUCUGUUCCAUUUUCGGCCUCAGAACUGCGGCUGCCUUUCCGAUCUACACUGCGAGCAAAUUCGGCGUCUACGGAUUCACCAAAGCCAUGAAGGAUCACUAUCAGCAUCUUGGCGUGCGAGUCAUGGCAAUCUGCCCAGGCAUCACGGAAACUAGUCUGCUGCACCAGAACAUCAAGGAAGACGUCUUAAACAUCAUCCCCGACAAAUUCAUCGACGAGGCUUUCCAGUGCUCAAAAUACAUCCAACAGCCAGAGAACGUUGGCAAAGCCAUCGUCCAAAUGAUCGAGGAGGCUGAAUCCGGCGCUGUCUGGGUUUCCGAGGACAACGAGCCGCCCUACUCCGUUAAAGAUCCAGUGUUGUAUAAAGAUCGUGCGGUUCCCGUUGGAUCUAUGAGUUCCACCUGAUGCGUGCGCGCUGGUUCUUGUUAUGUGUCGCGUGUAUAAUUUAUUCACGCCAAGUUCAUUAUUUUGUUUAAUUUUUAUUUUACGCAAGUAUUUUUAAGUUUUUGUUGAGCAAUUUCGGAAUAAGAGUAACAGAAAUUAUAAUAAAUAAUUUUUUA